UAAACAUGCAGAGAGGAACCAAAACAUUUCCCGUCUCCUUCGCUGGCUGCUAUCUAAUGUCGGCGACUUGUAUAAAGCUCAGCUCAGUCCCGCUUCCUUCCCUGUUCCAUCCGCCCUUUUCUCUCUAAAAGCUCCACCCUUUUAUCUAUAUGCUUCACAAUCACAUUUCAACUCCCCAAACUCUGCCUUCCUCCUUCUUUCCUUAUCCAUCUAACAGAGACGUAGCCACCGGUCCUUGCAUUUCCUGGUGACCAUGUCACAGUCACUUCAUUUCUUCACUCCAACAACUCGCUCCCCAAACUUUACUUUCCCUAAACCCUCUCUCCCAGCCUCCAAUUGCCUGUUCUCGAUCACUUUCUGGCCUAAAUCUAUCUCCGUCAAGGCAUCAGCUUCAUCAGAUUCUAACUCUGCCCCAUCAUCUCAAGUCUUCGUUUCCAAUAAUGGCACAGGAGGAGGCGUGUUGGCGCCGGAGUAUAGUUCCUUGGCAGUGGCUGAUGUGAGUUCGAUCGAAGUGGAUGCGGUGACGGAGGCGGAAUUGAAGGAGAACGGAUUUAGGAGCACGAGGAGGACCAAGCUCGUUUGCACGAUAGGUCCGGCCACAUGCGGCUUCGAGCAGCUGGAGGCGCUAGCGGUUGGAGGCAUGAACGUGGCGAGGAUUAAUAUGUGUCACGGCACCCGCGAGUGGCACAAGAGCGUCAUUGAGCGAGUUAGGAGGCUGAAUGAGGAGAAAGGUUUUGCUGUGGCUAUUAUGAUGGAUACUGAAGGGAGUGAGAUUCACAUGGGCGAUCUCGGUGGAGCUUCUUCUGCCAAAGCCGAGGAUGGUGAGAUCUGGACUUUUAGUGUCAGAGCCUUUGACUCACCUCGUCCAGAACGCACCAUCAACGUGAAUUAUGAUGGCUUUGCUGAGGAUGUGCAAGUUGGGGAUGAACUCAUUGUGGAUGGUGGGAUGGUAACAUUUGAGGUAAUUGAGAAAAUUGGUCCAGAUGUCAAGUGUCGAUGUACUGAUCCUGGACUGUUACUACCACGGGCUAAUUUGACUUUCUGGAGGGAUAGGAGUCUAGUGCGAGAACGUAAUGCCAUGCUCCCCACAAUUUCCUCUAAGGAUUGGUUAGACAUUGAUUUUGGUAUUGCAGAGGGUGUUGAUUUUAUUGCAAUAUCAUUUGUCAAGUCUGCUGAAGUGAUUAAUCAUCUCAAAAGCUAUGUUGCUGCACGGUCUCGUGAUCAUGAUAUAGCUGUGAUUGCAAAGAUAGAGAGUAUUGACUCAUUGAAGAACUUGGAUGAGAUCAUUCAAGCAUCAGAUGGAGCUAUGGUAGCAAGAGGAGAUCUGGGUGCGCAGAUACCAUUGGAACAGGUCCCAUCAGCCCAGCAAAGAAUUGUUCAGCUCUGCAGGCAGCUAAAUAAGCCAGUCAUUGUUGCCUCUCAAUUACUUGAAUCUAUGAUUGAAUACCCUACACCCACCAGAGCAGAAGUAGCUGAUGUUUCUGAAGCAGUUAGGCAGCGGGCUGAUGCUUUGAUGCUCUCUGGUGAGUCAGCCAUGGGCCAGUACCCAGAGAAGGCAUUGGCUGUUCUCAGAAGUGUCAGUGUGAGAAUUGAGAAGUGGUGGAGAGAAGCAAAACGCCAUGAAGCUACGCAACUCCCUGCUGUAGGAUCUGCCCUUUCUGACUCUGUUUCUGAAGAAAUUUGCAAUUCUGCUGCCAAGAUGGCUAACAAUUUGGAGGUGGAUGCUCUUUUUGUCUAUACAAAGAAUGGUCACCUGGCAUCUCUCUUGUCUCGUUGCCGGCCAGAUUGUCCAAUCUUUGCUUUCACAACCACAGCAUCUGUAAGGAGGCGCCUGAACCUACAGUGGGGCCUGAUGCCUUUCCGCCUGAGCUUUUCAGAUGAUAUGGAAAGCAACCUUAAUAAAACCUUCUCCUUGCUCAAGGCUAGAGGAAUGAUCAAAUCAGGUGACCUUGUUAUAGCUGUUUCAGACAUGCUACAGUCAAUCCAAGUUAUGAAUGUUCCUUAGAUUUCAUUUAAAAUUGCUGUCGCCAUGGGAGACUGUUUUAUCUAUUAUUUGCUGUGUCAUUGUUCCUGGUUCUACCAUGUGGUAAUAUUCUUAUUGCUGGAAAGCAAAAGGAGAGUUGAAAUAAGUUCGUCCAACUUUCACUUGGCUUCAUGCUUGUUACUCUGACCGGAUCCACCUAUUAUGCAGCGAGACUUGGAUUGGAUUCUGCCUGAGCAACUGUGAUUUUUUUGGCAGGUGAUCACAAUUUUAACCAGCGACUUUAUUUUAUUUUAGAGUGACGGUGAUAUAUUGCAAAAUUUACCAAUGAAGAUAGAGCUGUAAUUACGAACAGUGUACCCAUGUAGUAUUUUGUUGUUUAGCAACUUUAUGUUCCCACAUUUGCUUUGAGUAAGCAUAAUCUACAAAAACUGUUGGCAGAUUCUUCUUUGAUCA